CGGACGGGGUCGGUCCCGGGACCCCCGAGCCCCUAGAUGGUUGAGUGAACCCUGCGUUUGCUGCGUGACGCAGGACAGGUCGCCUCCGUGUGGGGUCCUCAUCCUCCCCAUUUUUUCAAUGGUGAAAUAGCGGUCCCUCCCACGGGGCGCCGUGCUGCGCCCGCACAUAGGCAGAGCGCCCUGGAUGGUCGGACCCGGAGAGGUUGUGGACCCUCGGGGCCUGACCCACGGGACCCAUUCGUGAGGCUGGCCUUGGCACUCCCUGAACGGGAUGGAAGUGGGGUUCAGCCCGUCUGAGGACUCAGAGGGCGGGACUUUGUGGCAGCGCACCGGCGGGGCCUCAGCCGCGUCCCAACCGAGCUAGACGGGACUGCCCUCUAGUGGGGAGGGCUCGGCUAGUCGCGAGUCCAGCGGCGACGCGCGACCGUCGGCAUUCCCUCUGCCGGUACCAGGCGCAGACUGAGGGUCUGUGCCGGGCUGGUUGGAUGAAAUGCCAUAAACUGAUCUGGGAAAGACUGGAGAAGAGUGGGUUUGGAGAAGAAAAUUCAAUGAUCAUUUAUGGACACGUAACCCUUGAGACGCCUGUUAGACAUCCAAGAGGAGUUGCAGAGUCAGCUGCUAGGUGUAUGACUCUGGACUUCAGAAGAGAGAUCAGCACUGGAGCCUUGGAUCUGGGAGGCAUAGUGAGUGAAAGGAUGAUGAGCAUUAUCAGUGCCCAGGACCCGCCACACUUCCCUGGACCUUUCUCCAUCAAUGAGCAAGGUUGGCUGCAGGCACCAUCCCAGGGCCUCCUAGGCCAGGCUCAAAAGGUCUUCCAGCUGCAGAUCUCAGUGUCCUUUGGUCAAAGGCAAAGCUGCCAAGGGAUGGUGAUGGUGAAGGUUUUGCCUGUUCCCUCCAGCCAGGUCUCCUUCCCCGAGCAGGCUCGGAAUAUCACCAUCCCUGAGAACCUGGCCCCCGGUAGCGAGGUGGUUCAGGUCCGGGCCCGGGGUGUCGACCUGCGCUAUGAAAUCCUGUCUCCGGUGCCCAGCCCACACUUCUCCAUCGGUCGUGCAGACGGUGUGGUCCGGACCACCACGCCCCUGGAGUUAGCUCGCACCCAAGGCACCGCGGUCUCCAGGCUGCAGGCGAAGGCCUUUGAGCAGCGCCAGCCAUGGGCCAGUGCCGAGCUCAAUCUCACCAUGAAUGUGCAGCUGGUCAACCUCUGGCCUCCACGCUGCCUCCCAGCACUUCUGGUGUCCCAAAUCCCCGAGACUGCACCUGUGGGCACCGUGCUGAAUACUCUCACUUGCGAAGAUCCGGACUCUGUUGGCACCACCCUGGACUACAAGCUGUGGUUCCGCAGCUCUUCCAACCCUGCCAGCCUCUGCCUUUAUGACAGAGUCCUUGAGGUGAAUGCCACACUGGACUGUGACACUCCUGGAACCUGCUUCCAGCAUGCAGCCUCCAUCCUGGUGCUCGAUGGUGGCCAGCCCCAGAUGACCACUGAGGUGCCGGUACUGGUGAUGGUGACACCCAUCAAUGAGUUCUCCCCAGCCUGUGCCCCUCGCACGUUCCGGGUUCAGGAGGAUGCGGCGCCCCACACUCUGCUGGGCUCUGUGGUGGGCACGGAUAUGGAUUACCCUCAUGACAACAUUGAGUACUACACCUCUGGUGGUCCUACCAACUUUGCUGUGGACCGUCUCACCGGGGAAGUUCACCUCCUGGGACCUUUGGACUAUGAGCAGCAGAGGCUGUACAGGCUCACUGUCCUUCUGAUUGACCAUGGCCAAGACCAGAACCCCAACCAUCACCGCUCAGGCUCCUGUACCAUUACCAUCGAGGUUGAGGAUGUGAACGACCAUGCCCCCGAGUGUGAGCCCCCAUUUCAGGAACUCGCCAUCUAUGCUCCUCUGGGCCGUAGCGUGGAGGUGACCAAGGUGUCAUGCCGGAUCCCUCAGGAGCCACAGCGCCUGACCUACUCCUAUAGCAUCGUGGGAGGGAAUAGGCAGAACCAAUUCAUCCUGCAAGGGGCCACCCUGGUGCACAGUGACCUUGUGUUGGGGCCCUUCUGGCCAGAACAGCCCCGUACCUAUGAGUUAUUGAUCCGUGUGGCCGAUGCAGGCCCCUCCCCCACCCACCUCAGCACCACAGCCACCAUUAUUGUGCAUCUAGUUCCCCGGAGGGCCAGCACAGUGGCCACCAGCACCCACAGAACCACAGUGCCCUCAACGAUGACACCCAUGCUCAUCACAGACACAGAAGCUUUCUGGCAGCCACAGCCCUGGUUUGUGGUGGUAUUGACAGCAACUGGUGCUCUUCUCCUCUUGGCCCUAGGCUGGCUUCUUGGCAGGCUCCUCCAGGGGUUGGCCCAGCUGCUGCAAGCACCCAGCAAACCAGCCCAGGCUUUGCUGCUAAACAGCAUCCAGGGAACUGAGGGAUCCAUCGAGGGUUUCAUGGAGGCACCAAAGAUGGAGAUGUCCCAGGCACCCAGCACUGUCAUGAGUCUGCAGCAUUUUGAUGGCAGAGCACAGGACUCCCGUACAGGAAGAGACUACCUGUUUAACACACACACAGGAGCCCGGCGCUGGCUCUGAGGCCAAGUAGCUGCUUUACUAUGUGUGGAAUUUCUUUUUCACACCAUCAUGGGCUGUAUUUUCAAGUUGAUUCAUAAUAAACAAAAUUACAAACAGAAAA